UAGAAGCCCGACAUUCAGGACACCUGGCCAAUGGAAAUUGAGGUGGGCGGGCCAUCGCGCUGCCAGGCCCUAGUCCGGGAGCUUCCCGGCCGCGGCUACCCAGAGAGCGCGGAGCGAGUCGCAGGCAGACCAUGUGGACUUUGGUGAGCUGGGUGGCCUUAGUGGCAGGGCUGGUAGCUGGAACACAGUGCCCAGAUGGUCAGUUCUGCCCUGUGGCCUGCUGCCUGGACCCAGGAGGAGUCGGCUAUAGCUGCUGCAGUCCUGUUCUGGUGAGUGCCCUUCUGCCCAGUUUAUCACCUCCUCUCACUUUCCAGGGCAAGGGGCCCACAGCGCUGAGCAGGCAUCUGGGCAGACCCUGCCAGGUAGAUGCCCAUUGCUCUCCUGGCUACUCCUGCCUCCUCACCAUCUCGGGGACCUCCAGCUGCUGCCCAUUCCCAGAGGCUGUGUCGUGCGGUGACGGCCGCCACUGCUGCCCACGGGGCUACCACUGCAGCGCUGACGGGCAGUCCUGCUUCCGAAGACCAGAUGCCAACCCCUUGGGUGCCAUCCAGUGCCCUGAUGGCCGGUUCGAAUGCCCCAACUCCUCCACGUGCUGCACUAUGCUAGAUGGCUCCUGGGGAUGCUGCCCCAUGCCCCAGGCUUCUUGCUGCGAAGACAAGGUGCACUGCUGUCCCCAUGGUACCUCUUGUGACCUGGCUCAUGCCCGCUGCCUCACGGCCACAGGGACCCACCCCCUGGCAAAGAAGAUUCCUGCACAGAGGAGUAACCGGGCAGGCCUCUCUCCCCUUCCAGUGGUCCUGUGCCCCGAUGCACAGUCCCAGUGCCCUGAUGGUUCUACCUGCUGUGAGCUGCCCAGUGGGAAGUAUGGCUGCUGCCCAAUACCUAAUGCCGUCUGCUGCUCGGACCACCUGCACUGUUGUCCCCAGGACACUGUGUGUGACUUGGUCCAGAGCAAGUGCCUCUCCAAGGAGAACGCUACAGACCUCCUCACCAAGCUGCCGGCGCACGCAGUGCAGGAGGUGAAGUGUGACAUGGAGGUGAGCUGCCCAGACGGCUACACCUGCUGCCGCCUACAGUCGGGGGCCUGGGGCUGCUGCCCUUUUGCCCAGGCUGUGUGCUGUGAGGACCACGUACACUGCUGCCCGGCUGGCUUCAAAUGUGACACAGCAAAGGGUACCUGUGAACAGGGGGCCCAGCAGGUGCUCUGGAUGGUGCAGGCCCUGGCCCACCUCCGCCUGCCGAAACCCCAAGCCGUGGAGAACGAUGUCCCUUGUGAUAACAUCACUAGCUGCCCCUCCUUCAAUACCUGCUGUCGACUCACGUCUGGGGAGUGGGGCUGCUGUCCUGCCCCAGAGGCUGUCUGCUGCUCAGACCACCAGCACUGCUGCCCCCAUGGCUACACGUGCUUGGCUGGGGGGCAGUGUCAGAGGGGGAACAAGGUGGUGACUGGAUUGGAGAAGAUGCCUGCCCGCCGGGCUUCCCUGUCUCACCGCAGAGACAUGGGCUGUGACCAGCACACCAGCUGCCCAGUGGGGCAGACCUGCUGCCCAAGCUUGAGUGGGGGCUGGGCCUGCUGUCAGUUGCCUCACGCCGUGUGCUGUGAGGACCGCCAGCACUGCUGUCCGGCUGGGUACACCUGCAACGUGAAGGCCCGAUCCUGUGAGAAGGAGGCAGACUCUGCCCACCUUGCUGCCCGCCUGGCCCGUGGCCCUCACGUGGGUGUGGGGAACGUGGAAUGUGGGGCCCGGCACUUUUGCCACAAUAACCAGACCUGCUGCCGAGAUAGCCGAGGGGGCUGGGCUUGCUGUCCCUAUCGCCAGGGAAUCUGUUGUGCAGAUCAGCGUCACUGCUGCCCUGCUGGCUUCCGAUGUGGGGCCAAGGGAAUCAAGUGUCUGCGCAGGAAGAGCCUGAGCUGGGACAUGCCCUUGAAGGACCCAGCCCCGAGACAGCUGCUGUGAGGAGAGACUGAGGACUGAAGACACUCUGCAGCCCUCGGGACCCUGCUCAGAGAGUACCCACUGCUCAGGCCUCCCCAGCACCUCUCCCUCACCAGAUUCUCCCGAUUCCCCGAUUCUGAGUCCCCCGCCCAUCAUGGGAGGUGGGGCCUCAAUCUAAGGCCUUCCCUGUCUCCAGGAGGGCUGUGGCGGAAGCCAUGUUACAAGCUGCCAUCCCCUCCCCCAGUUUCCAUGAACCCUGUGGCCAGGUGCUCUUCCCUAUCCACAGGUGUGUGUUUGUGCGUGUGUCUGUGUGUGUGUACGUGUGCGCGCGCUGCAGUAAAGUUUGUACACUUUCUUAA